AUGCGUGACCCGUAUUUGGUAGACGCAGUGGUCGAAGAAGUGGAAAGAGACCCAAGUGUUAGUGUCAGGGGCAUUGAACGCAGAACUGGAAUCUCUAAAUCGUUAGCUCAUCGCAUACUUCAGCAAGAGGAUUAUCAUCCGUAUCACGUUAGAAAAUUAGUGGUGAUAAAAUCGGCAAUUUUAUUUGAUAUUCUAUCAAGUUUUUCUAAGCUGAGAGCUGUCGCUACUGUGAUACCAAAUCAUUUGAUA